GACGCGGCAGUGGGGCAGUCUUUCCUCCGAUCUGCCUGCAUUCAUAAACGGAUAUGAUGAUAACCCAGUGCUGAAAGCAGCGACAACAGUCAGCUCUGACCAUGGCGGAAGAGGACGACGCCAGGAUUCGGAUUUUACAGAGCCUGCGGGGGAAAAUAUGUGAAGCUAAAAACCUGGGCUCAGUCUCGGGUCCUAAUCGACAAAGGGAUCUCUGUACAUUUUGCACCAUAAGUCUGGAUCAGGAGGAGGUGUUUCGCACCAAGGUGUUUGACAAAAGUGUCAGCCCUUUCUAUGGAGAAGACUUCUACUUUGAGAUCCCACGUCCAUUUCAGUGUUUGUCCUUCUAUAUUUAUGCCAAGAGCGUUUUUCAAAGGGACCUACCUGUUGGCAAGGUAUCAAUCCGGAAAGAUGACCUGUGUAAAUACAGUGGGAAGGAGAAUUGGUUUAGCCUUCAGCCUGUAAAUCCUAACUCAGAAGUCCAGGGUAAGGUUCACCUUGAGAUGCGAUUGAAUGAAGUGAUCACAGAGAACGGCUCAGUAGGUCAGCACUUAGUAGUUCGAAUAAUCGAGUGCCAGGAGCUGCCUUUGAUCAGUGGGCAGAAUUGUGACCCCUAUGCCACCGUAUCUCUCGUCGGACCUGCCAGGUCUGACCAAAAGAAAACAAAGGUAAAGAAGAAAACCAGCAACCCUCAGUUUGAAGAGAUCUUCUCUUUUGAGGUCACACGACCCAGCAGCUAUUCUAAAAAGUCUCAUUUCCAAGUGGAGGAGGAAGACAUUGAAAAACUUGAGAUCAAAGUUGAUUUGUGGAACAAUGAGAAUCUGGCUCAGGAUGUGUUUCUGGGUGCAACACGUGUCCCUGUCAAGGUCCUGCAGAAAGACCACAUCCACAAAGCCUGGUAUCUCCUCCAGCCUAAAGGAAACGGCAGCAAAUCGAAGUCUGAUGAUUUAGGUUCCUUGCGUCUGAAGCUGACUUACAUCGAAGACACUGUGCUGCCAUCUGCUUGCUACACACCACUCUGCAACCUGCUGCUCCAAUCCCCAGAUGUGAAGCCCAUCUCAGCAUCAGCAGCACACAUCCUGGGGGACAUCUACAGAGAGCGCUACGAGGCAGUGCUGCCCAUGGUUCGACUGCUGCUCCACCACAAUCGAUUUGUGCCUUUUGUCUCUGCUGUGGCAGCACUGGAGCUGGACAUAACUCAGGAGGCUAACACUAUAUUCCGUGGCAACUCACUGGCGACGCGCUGCAUUGAUGACAUGAUGAAGAUUGUGGGAAAGAAUUACCUGGCAGUUACUCUAAAGCCUGUAAUAGAUGAGAUUUGUGAAUCCAACAAAACAUGUGAGAUAGACCCUGUUAAAUUAAAGGAAGGGGACAACGUAGAGGUCAAUAAGGAGAACCUGCAGGUUUAUGUCCAGAAAGUCUUCUCCUCCAUCACCCAGUCGAGUUCAAGCUGCCCACCACUCAUGUGUGACGUCUUUAGGUCACUGAGACAUUUGGCCUGUAAACAUUUCCCAGCUGACCCACAUGUUCAGUACUCGGCUGUUAGCAGCUUCGUGUUCCUGCGGUUCUUUGCCGUCGCUGUUCUCACUCCACACUCCUUCCAACUCCGUUCCCAUCAUCCUGAUCCUGAGAUUUCUCGGACACUCACUCUCAUCUCAAAAACCAUCCAGACGCUGGGCAGCUGGGGCAGUUUGUCAAAAAAAAUAUCUAGUUUCAAAGAAACCUACAUGUAUGACUUCUUCAAAUCAUUCCAAGAGGACAAAUGUAUCGAACGAGUUAAAAAGUUUCUUGAUGAGAUCUCCUCCAACGUCAGCAAAGAGUCCAGUGGGCUGGAGGAUGCAGUGGUUCUUAAGGAGGGAGAAGUGCAGAAACGUGCCCAGGGGAGGAAACGCCUCGGAAAGAAAAACUUCAAAAAGAGAUGGCUCAGAGUGACCAACAGGGAGCUCUCUUACCACAAACACAAAGGAAAAGAGGCCCUCUGCAUCAUCAAUGUCAAAAAUAUCCAGGCGGUGGAGAAACUGGAUGAAAGUGCCUUUAACCGCAAAAAUAUGUUUCAGGUGGUUCACUCUGAGAAACCUCUGUACGUGCAAGCAGGGAACUGCAUAGAGGCCAGUGACUGGCUGGAGGUCCUGGGCCAGGUCACUCGCUGCAACGAAGGGCGUUUGGCUACAUUCCACCCAUCGAAUUACAGCGGUGGAGCUUGGCAGUGCUGCAAAAACCAGAGUAACAAUGCACCGGGCUGCAAGCCGUGCACAAUCAUCAUGCUGGCCAACCUGCAGCUUGACAUCGACUGUGACCGGGAAACCGAAAGAAUUUUCUCCCUCCUCUCUUCAAACGAUACCAAACUCCAGCACAUGGAGGAUGCCUGUGCCAGUAUGGCGGUGUACCAGGGCCCUCAGAGGGAGCAGGAGGAAUACUCCAAGUUCACCAUUCAGGAACCCAAAGAGACAUUUCAGACACUUAAACAGCUCCGCAACGUCAUGGAGGAACUUCAGAGGCAGCACAACAUCAGGAACGACACCACAGCACAGUACGGCAGCCUGGACAACCCGAUAGUUGGGAAAACGUCGUAACCAGGGCGAGCAGUCGUAGUCUUGAGACUGCCACACCAGCAGGUGUCAGUACGUCGCAAACAGCACUGCAGAGACAACACCGGUGUCCCCAAAAGGAGCCGCAGGAGUUGUCCCAGUGAGAGCAGCUGCUGCAUGUCCAGGAGAAGAACAACAAGAUACACCCUGACCUCCAGACAUCCUGACUCUAUUAUGUUGGUGGAUUGUGAGUUUUUCCAGAAUCUCUCCUCAUGUUCACCUCCUCCUCCUCCUCCUCCUCCUCCUCUCACAAAAGGGACUCCUCUUGAUUUACGUCCUCUUUUUACGCCUCCAGCUGAAUGAAAAAAAAAAAAAAGGCAUCAUUGGAAUAAGUGUGAAUAGGCUGCUAUUUCUUUUUUUAUUCACCCAGUUUUAUAUCACCAGCUGUGAGGACACUCUGCCCCGUGUUCUAGCAUUCGGAGUUGAUUGAUAAUCACCACGUUUGUGGAGGGCCGUCCUCCGCUUGUGCCCGAGUACAUUUUUUUUUAAAAUGUCUCCACUCUUAGUGUCCUUUUCUCCUCCGAACAAAUGUAUAUAUGGAUAAAAAAAACAAACCGAUCUGCCUUACUCUGAUGGAUGUUUCUUUCAGAUGAAAUUCUGAGGGUUUAAUGCAGAAGCACUUUAAAAUAUUUGGAACACUCCAAAUGGAAGAUUAUUAUUUGAUACUUGGUAUCAUCUCCUUCACUUUGAUCAGUUCCAUGAUCUCGAAUACGUACGUUUGGUUUUUUGUUUUGUUUUCCCUGUACAAUAACAUUGAUGGUAGUUUUUAAGAUAUUUUUCUUGACCAAAGACAAUUUCAUAGGUUUGACUUGAAAAAAAAUGUAUGUAUUUUGAAUACAAAUGUUUUAAAUAUGUAUAUGUGUAUAUGUAUGUGUAAAUAUAUGUCUAUAUAUAUAUAUAUCUAUAUAUAUAUAUAUAUAGAUAUAAAUAUAGAUACAUACACAUACAUAUAGUUUAUGUGUACAUUUUUUCCGCUAACAUAUCCUGAACUUUUGUGAUUUAGGCAAAAAGGAUUGCAUGCGCUCAGUUUUGAAUCCUGAUAGCACAUGACUGUGGUGUAUAGUUGUGUUUGACUCGUGAAUCAUACCAGUUCCAUUGUACUUCAGGUCUGUGCUGCCCCGUCGAGAGCGUCGCAACAUGUCGACAGUGUCCGAUAACGAGUGUAGCGAGUGAGCCGUUGUCACUAAAUUAACCCCAAACAAUCACAAACAGCCAACAAAAACAUUAAUUUUUUUAUUUAUUAAAACAUCCAUAAUUUGUGGCUGCAACUAUUGUUAAUGUUUUUUUUUCCAAAGCUGUAAGUCAAAGCACUUCACUGCCAUAACAGUCAAACUAAAUUAUGUUGUCAAACAAAAAGAGAUGUGUUCACUGUGUAACAAUCACUAUUAUUAGGACCAAACUGAAAAGAAAAAAAAAGAAUCCUGACUUUAUUCCCGUAAAGACUUUAUUGUCUCAAUGUCACAACUUUAUUGUAGCGAUGUCACAACUUUAUUGUCGCAAUAUUAGGACUUAUAAUACAAUUUUUUUUCGUAAUAUUACGACUUUUUAAUAUUACGAGUUUAUUCUCGUAAGAUUAUGAGUUUAUUCUCGCAAUACUACGACUUUAUUCCCGUAAUACUACGAGUUUAUUCUGGAAGAUUAGAUUUAGUUUUCUUUGUUGUUUGGCCCUAAUACUUUGUCGUAAAUCCCAGUUUAAGUGAUUCAUAUCCUCACAGUCAUUUACAUCUGCUCUGUACAGCAAAGUGUAAAAGCUGUCCGAAAAAGUAAUUGUUGGUUGAUUUUUGAACUAUUCAUUUUAUUAUAUGAUAAGGAAAGGAUAACAUAGUAUGAUUAAGGUAAAACCAAAACCUCAGAGUUUAAGGUUGCAGGGUUUUUGUUUAGUGUUUUUACUGAUUUACAGUCAACACAAUCAAUUUGUUUCUGGAGAAAAAUGUAUCUUUUCCACUCAAUCGUGUUUUUGUUUUUUCCUGUAAUCUUUUCCAUCAUUUGCCAUUUUGAACAAUGAAGUGCUGAAAGUUUCAAAUGAUGCUUGAAUUUAUUUUAACAACAAACCUUGAAUGUUAAUAACAGGGUUAACUGUUUUGUUUUUGGCUUAAAGAAGAAGUGAGUUGUUUUUGCCUUUGGUCUGUCACAUAUUUCUAACAUGCAUGUCGUGUAUAUUUAACAAUCUAUUUUUAUAGGAAAACCUUUUUUUUUUUCUUUUUUUUUUAAACACUGAUUUGAUGCGUGGCUAUACUGGUACGGUACCUUGUUUUUUGUAAGACUGGCCGCUUGUGUGUUUUUGUGUUUUCUCCGUGUGUGUAUGUGAUCGUAGCUUAACGACAAAGAGUCAGUGAAGUGAAUCGUGUGUGUGUGUGUGUGUGUGUGAGAUGACCCACUGCCACUCGAGUGAGUGACCUGACUAAUCACAGCCAAAAUACACAUGUAGAAAAAAGUCACUCUAUAUAUACAUAAUUUGGAUCUGACUGCAAACUGAUCACAUGAACACACGUCCACUCCUGGUUUUUAAAGAAGCCACUAAAUUAGCAGUCGAUGCUCUCUGGUUGUGUUUUAUCGUCAUUAGAAGAUGUUUCCUCUUUGUCCGUGGAUCAGGCUUUUAUCUGCUUUUACUAAGAGAUAUUUUUUUUUUGAUUUAUUUCCCAUUAUAUUAUUAAAAUGUUAUGUCAUUAGUCUAUGUCUGGUUAUGAACAGACUUGAAAUCCAUUGGUUGAGGGGGAAAAAAAUAAUGAAGUUAUUUGACCAAACGUGAAGGUUUUUGCACAGGAAAGCUGAUGACACCAAGUUUGCUUCAUUUCCACUCAACAUUUCCAUCAUUUUAAGUUGAAACGCAGUCACAUCCAUGACUUCUUUGACAUGGUGAACUAAAUAAAUGAAGUAAAUCAUCAGUGAACAACACGUAAAUAAGGUAGACGAGGAUGGAGAGUCCAAACAUCCUGAAUGGCUGUUCUUCUCAUACAUCACCGCAUCAUCACCUCCACUGCAGCCGCAACAAGAUGAAUGCAGUGGUUUGGAAGCAGUCGACGUGCUUUAGCUUUGCCGCUUCUUAAGGAUUUGGUUUACCACCGUCAAGGAGAAUUGACUUUACUUUGGGUUUAUAUUGAUUAUCAAGAUUCAUUCAUUCAUUGUCUGCCACUUAAUGCUCCACAUGAGGGUCACAGGGAGAAGCAGGAGCCGAUCCCAGAUGACAUUGGGCGAAUGGCGGGGCACAGUUUAUACAUUUAUUUUUAUUAAAUUGCAAAGCAAACAAGUUUUUUCCUCUGCUACUGAACUUCAGAUUAGCAGAGUAAAGGAAUCAGUCUGAAGGUUUUCAUUUGUGCAGGCCGUACUGACGGGGAGCAGAUGUUCAAACUCAUUUCUUCUGAAUAUUUCCACACAGCUUCAGCGUCACCGUGUCUUUGUUCUAUGAACAUAAAAAAAAAUGUUUUUAUUUUUCAUCCAUGGUCGUGUCUGUCCGUUUGAAACGUUUUACAAUAAACACUUUGCCAAUAAUUCUGUAGAA